CAAAAAGUUGUAAGUAAUAUUUUGUGUAAAGUUACUUCAAUAAUAUAAUGCAAAGAGAAUUGUGAACUUUACCUUCUAGAAUCUAGCUUAGAGCAGGUAUACAUAAAGUCCAUGAGAAAGAAGAUUUUUGAAUUGCAAUAAUAUGCACAUUGUGAAAUAAUUACUGAUUUGUAAGGUCAUUAAAAUGGGUUCAAUGCGACCGCCAGGACGAUUUCUUUCAUUUGCAAGUAAUAUUCAAAGGACACAGAAACAACCUGUUCCAAGUGGGUUCCCUCAAAGUUUAUCAGGCAGCGAGACUGACGUGUCCACUUCAAAUGAAAAUCUGUCCCGUGAGGAGAGGUAUGUAGUGAGACAUACGGCCAGAGUGGAACCACAGGGUCAAGAAAAUCAAACACAAGCUAAUAAUAACAGGAAUUCUCUCAAGGACAGUGUCUCCGGUAGUAACAGGAAUUCAUUAAAGGACUCAGUAGGAGGCAGCAACAGUAACCGUAGCUCCUUGGAUGUGUCUUCUUCCUCAUACAAUACCCUUAUUAUACACAAUCAAGAUGAUUCCUGGCCGUCCAGGCCUACUCCAAUUAGGGAGCAUGAAAGGACUAGUAGUGAAAUCAAACAUUCACCCAGCCAAUCUUCUCCCUACCACACGCUAAAGAAAAGCGAUGGCAGCAAAAAACCAAGUGGUAUACCCUUGCCAAAAGUGCACAAGGAACAACCAAUUUCUGGAACUGCUAACUACAUAGACAUCGGAGGUCAAAGGAUUUAUACGAGUCCACCUGAUCAAGGCGUUCAAGAAAUAACCGAGAUCCCGGAUGAUUUUCUCAAUCAGUCGUCGGUGCUCAAACAUUUGGCGAAGGAGGUGGCGCAGUCGCCGACGCCCCGAGGGCCCACGCCCCCGGCCUCGCCUCUCUCCGUCAGGUGCUCGUCUAAGCCGCGAGAGGAGAGAAAGGGAAAGGGCUCCAAGGCUAAGCUGAGCAAGGAAAAGCUCAGCCUGUCUCGUUCACAGCCGGAUCUGACUAGUGUGGGUGUGCGCGGCGUGCCCGGCGGGUCGGAGUCGAGCGGGUGGUGCAGCGGCGAGGGGGAGGCGGAGGGCGAGGCGGAGGAGGACGCCUUCGCCGCCGUCCUCGACACCCUCGCCGCGGAGAACCACCAGCUGAAACGUCAGCUCGCUGAUGCGUGCGGACGACUCGCUAAGACCAACAAGUUGGAGGAGGAGGUGGAGAAGAUCCGCAGCGCGCACUCGGAGCUGGUGGGGUCGUGCGAGCGGCGGGAGCGGCUCGAGCGCGCCGCCCGCACGCGCCUGCAGACCGACUGCCGCCGACUACACGACCUCAACCGCGCGCUCAAACACCAGGUGGAACUUCUCUCGCAAGGCGUUCGAACAGAAUCCGAUGGCAACGCUGAGUCUCUACGAAAAGAAUUACAGAAUCGAGAAAUGCUCAUCGCCCAGCUAAUCACUCAAAACAAGGAGCUGGCGUGCGCUAAGGAGCGUCAGGAGAUCGAGAUGUCUGCGCAGCGGGCGACGCUACAGGAGCAGCGCACGCACAUCGACAUACUCGACACCGCGCUCACCAACGCGCAGGCCAACGUCGUCCGACUUGAGGAGGAGUGUCGUCACGCGUCGGGCUACGUGGACCGCGUGAUGGGUCUGCAGCGCGCGCUGGGCUCGCUGCAGCAGGCGUCCGACCGCCGCGAGCACACCGAGCGCAAGCUGCGCGCACAGCUCGAGAAGGAGCUGCAAGCGCUCAGGCAGCGCGAGUGCUCGUGCGGCGCGGGAGCGGGGGCGGGGGGCGGGGCGGAGGGCGGGGCGGCGGAGCUGCGGCGGCAGCUGCGCGAGCGCGACGAGCGGCUGCUGGCGCUGGAGGGCGAGUGCGCCAAGUGGGAGCAGCGGUACCUGGAGGAGGCCGCGCUGCGACAGGCCGCCGUCUCCGCUGCAUCCAUACCCAAGGACGCAAAAAUUGCGGCGUUGGAGAAAACUUCAGCCGACGCCGAACGUCUGAUGGCGGAGGCUCGCAGCGAGAAGAUACGGCACAUGGACGAGCUACAUCUCGCGCAGAAGAAAGUAGCUGACUUGGAGAGCAGGGUGAAAGAGUUGGAAUCUAAAGUGGCAGAACGCGACGCCAUGAUAAAAGUUCUUCAAAAACAUACAAGCGGGGCGUCGUUACGAAACAACUCCAGCCGAGAGGAGCUAGUGGGUCUGUCGCCGGGCGCGUCGUUCUCGAGCGCGGAGGGCAGCGGCGGCCGCUACCGGCACCUCGCGCGACGCAACUACUCGCCGCACCGCGACAACGCCAGCGGUUGUGCGUUCGACAGUUCGUCGCUGCGGCUGGAGACGCGGCUGGACGGGCGGCUGGAGGAGCAGCUGGCGGCGCUGGAGUCCCGCCUCGAGCGCCCGCCCGUGCCCGCCCGUGGGCUGUGCUGUUUCCCGGGUCUGGGCGGUGUGGGGGCGCGCGCGGGUCGCGGGGAGGAGGCUUUACUGCUGGAGCGUCAAGGUCGCGCGUCGCAGCAGACGCGCUCCUCCAGCCUGCCGCCGCCGCCGUCCGCACUGCCCCGCCCGCCGCGCAAGCCCUCCGCCCGCGCCGCCAGAUACGACCGCCUCGACCAUCGAGACGCACGCAAGGACUCAGACGGGUCGGGGUCUAUCGCGUCGACAGCAUCGCGCAGCUCGCCACUGCCGUACGACGCGGUGCGGUCGAAGCUGCCGUCCGUGCCGACGUCGGCGUCGCUGCCGGCGGCCGAGUCGCGCGAGUCGCUCGUCCGGCCGCGCGACUCCAGCCUGCCCUCCCCCUCCAAGCUAGCCGUGUACGCCGCCGCCCGCCGCCGCUCGGCCGAGUCCGCGAAGGACAACAAGCGAGCACACCACUAUCGCAUACAGUUUUGAUACGAGUAUUGUUUGCUUAGUGACUAGUGUAGAGGAAUACUGGAGAUUGUUACAACGUGGUUCCUAUCAGUUUUCAUGUUUUAACCUUUCGCUGUGCCUUCGGCAUAUAUACGCAUUACGCAUCCCUAGUCACCCGCUCAUAAUUCCGAUAGUUUAUUUUUGUUGCGUGUUAUGUACGACGUUUUGCUUGCAGUUUAGUACAUAUUAUAGCAGUCAUGACCAAUGUUGGCUCGAUUAACUUUUAGGCUUUGCGAAUUUUCGAUUUGAAAAUUUGCCUAAGUAUUUAAAAGGAAAAAUUAACUUUCAGGUAGUCUUUGUUUGUAUUUGAUGUCCAGAGUACGUUGAUUUAGAUUAAAUUUUUAUCUUAUCAACACCGCUGUUACUUGAUCGUUGCGUCUAUUUCGGUAAGAAAUUGAUUUGUAUCACGACGUUAUCCGGCUUGAUGGAAAUUAUAUGUGAAAUACAUAGAUUUGCUGUGA